GGCAUUAACCACUGGUGGGCUUCCAGUAUCGAGGAAAAUGUGUAAAUAUCUAAUCGUUACUUAAAAUAAUCUGCCAGUUCCUUUGGGAAUUUUCAAAAUAUAUUCAUGUGAAAGAGUUUAAUUGAAUGUUUUCUAUCCAUGUUACACUGUGACCAAAUAUGUUUCUAUCAAGUGCUAUUAACAGGUGGUUAUCGAGUUGGCAUUAACCACUGGUGGGCUUCCAGUAUCGAGGAAAAUGUGGAAAUAUCUAAUCGUUACUGAAAAUAAUCUGCCAGUUCCUUUGGGAAUUGUCAAAAUAUAUUCAUGUGAAAGAGUUUAAUUGAAUGUUUUCUGUGGUAAUGGGUCUGUAAUAUAUCUAUGGUCCGUAUGUGUACGAACAGGAGAGCGGAGGGAGAAUAAAUAUAUAUACACGAGAUUGUAGAAUCGACUACACCGGUGUUUAUUUGAUCGUGUAAUUUUCACAAAUUGGCGACGAUUGUGGGACGAUAAUUUGUAGUGGGUGCAUAGGAUUUCUUCUGGAUUAACAAUCAUCAGCUGAAGGUUGGUGGAAAAAGCUCUCGAUUGACGCUACUGACGCGCAUAUGAAAAGCUCCGCACGGUGAGAGCGAGUGAAACUUCUUCUUGGAAGUGAAAGAGAUAGGCGCAUGUAAGCCUGGAUGAUCUGCGACUUGACAGCAGGGCUCGCGACGAGAAAGCGGUAAGAUCUGCGACUUGACAGCAGGGCUCGCGACGAGAAAGCGGUGAGAUUUGCGACUUGACAGCAACACGGAAAGCUUCGCGACUAGUGAGCGGUGAGCAACAAGAAAGUUUCCGCAACGAGUGAGCGGUGAGAUAUUCUGCUUGGAAAAAGCACACGUUGCCGUGACGAGAAAAGCGAACAAGGUUAUUGAUUGGAUGUAAACAAGUCUGUGAACGAUUGAAAAAUCGGUUUGAUUUAACGAAAAGAGGAUGGAUAAGCUGAAGUGUUUCUCGACCCUACCACCGUUCUCGUACGCGGAUGUGCCGCUGGCCGAACGCCGCAGUAAGUGGCAUGUCUGGAAAAGAGGGUUUGAAAUUUGUCUCCGUGCUUCCAAGGUGACGGAUGCCAUUGAAAAGAAAGAUCUACUGCUUGCUCAAGGUGGGUUCGGUCUUCAGGAGAUAUUUUUUUAACAUUCCUGGAGCGGACGUAGAAGAAGACAAAAAUAACGGUAUCGAUCCGUAUGAGGUGGCAAUCACAAAGCUGGAUUGUUAUUUUGCACCCCAACGCCAUGAAGCGCACGAGCGGUACCUCUUCUGGGCCAUGCAACCUGAGACCGACGAGGGUUUGGAAAAGUUUUUAAUGAGAGUUCAGGUUCAUGCCAGUAAAUGCAAUUUCGGGAUGUCAGCAACCGCAAGCAGUGGCAUUGCGGUGAUCGACAAGAUGCUGCAAUUCGUACCUCCGCCGCUGCGGGAAAAACUUCUCCAAGAUUCCAACUUGAACAUCGAAGAAAUGAUCAAGCAAGUUAACGCACACGAGACCUCACGAUCGGCUAGUGAUCAAAUCAGUGGUAAAAACAUUCUUCAGAAUACACCCAAAGCAACGGAAACAAUGCAAAACAUUCGGGGAUCCUGCAAGUAUUGUGGGCGUUCUCAUGGGCCAGACGCGUGCCCGGCAUGGAAUAAAACCUGCGGGAACUGCCACAAAAAAGGACAUUUUCGAGUCGUUUGCUUUAAUCGUCCUGCCAGGGGACCGGGGAAUUUCGUACCAUCAUCUUAUCCGGCAUCGUCAUCGACCUUCGCGUCAACAACAGGAAAAAAUUCACUGAAGAGAACCCACGUUCAAGCUUCUCCGGCUGCUUGGUAUUCGAGCGGCAGACCUGCACAAAACAAGAUCGCGAGGUAUGCGCGGAAGGUACAUGCUAUCGACGAUGCGGAAGUUGACAACGAAGAGGUCGAACUUGUCGAAAUGGUAUCAUCGGUUCAUGAUUCCGAGGAGUUGGUUUGGGCCAAUGUUGGCGGUGCACUAAUUGAAAUGCAGAUCGAUUCAGGUGUACAGUCAAACAUAAUUGACGAUCAAACCUGGGAUGUGAUGAUUCGUAAUGGAGUACAUACAAUCGGGGGAAAUCAGCAACCAGAUCGGAGAUUCAGAGCGUAUACACAGAAAGAUUGCCUAUUUGUAACCAACAUGUUUGACGCAGAAAUCUCCAUCUGCGAUGGGUCGAAGCAACUGGAAACGGUAGCACGUUUCUACGUUGUUAAGGAUGGUCCUCAGCCUCUAUUGGGGAAGAACACCGCAAAGCAGCUGGGUGUUUUGAUAGUUGGGCUUCCGAGUAAACAAGAAACAGUUCAACAUGUAGACAUUUCGCGACCAUUUCCAAGCAUCCGUGGCGUGAAAAUACAUAUCCCGGUUGACAUGUCAGUAGAGCCUGUCGCCCAACGAUUCCGACGAUUGCCUUUCGCAACUCUGCAGCGUGUGGAUGGCAAGUUGAAAGAAUUGUUGUCCAAGGACAUAAUAGAACGAGUUGUGGAACCCAGUCGCUGGGUAUCGCCAAUGGUUGUCGUUGUCAAGGACAGUGGUGAUAUUCGACUAUGCAUCGACAUGCGCAAAGUCAAUAAGGCGAUUCUCCGCGAAACCCAUCCGCUUCCGACCAUCGAAGACGUUCGCUGGAAGCUGAAUGGGGCGCUUUUCUUUUCAAGACUGGACAUCAAGGAUGCGUUCUACCAGCUUGAGUUAGACGACGGAAGUAAACCAUUGACGACGUUCAUUACUCACAAAGGUAACUGCGAUUAAUUUGGAUAUAUGAUUACAGAGUUGUUAUGAAAUAAGACUUGUAAGGAUUUUAUUUAUGGUUGUUUAACCAUAACGAGCACAUACUUAAAACUUAUGACAAGGUAGAUAAUACUAGCAUAUUGCUUUAUUUAUUUGCAUGCAAGGUUUAUUCAGAUACAAAAGGCUCGUGUUUGGAAUAUCGUGUGCUCCGGAGAUGUUUCAGAAAGUUCUUGAACAAAUCUUAUCGGACUGUGGGAAUGUCAUCAAUUUCAUCGACGAUAUAGUCAUAGCAGGAAAAACGGAGCAAGAGCACGAUGCUUCGCUGAAGCAGGUUCUUGAUAAGUUGCGAUCCUACGGUGUUCUCCUGAACCAAUCAAAAUGCGUUUUCAAAUUGACUGCAAUAGAUUUUCUGGGUCAUCGCUUUGAUAGAAACGGCAUGACUCCUUCACAAGACAAAAUUAAAGCUAUCGAAAACUUCAGAACUCCAACCAAUUCUGAGGAAGUUCGCAGUUUUCUUGGCUUAGUAAAUUACGUAGGGGCUUUCAUUCCGGACUUGGCUACGAAGUCGUUUCCACUCCGGGAGCUCACCAAGAACAAAACUGAAUUUAAAUGGGGUGUCGAAGAGCAGGCAGCAUUCGAUCAUCUCGUACGAGCCAUAGGAAGUGUAGAAAGCUUGUCCCAUUUUGAUCCAAAGUUGAAAACAAGAGUUGUUGCGGAUGCCUCCCCGGUUGGGUUGGGAGCAGUUCUCCUACAAUUUUAUGAAGGAGAACCGAGAGUUGUUUCUUUCGCUAGUAAAAGCCUCACUGACACCGAACGUCGAUAUGCUCAGACAGAGAAGGAGGCUCUGGCACUGGUGUGGGCAGUAGAGAGGUUUCAAAUCUACCUCAUCGGUGUUCGGUUUGAGCUAGAGACUGACCACAAGCCCUUAGAAGCUAUAUUCUCACCUGAUUCAUCGCCGUGUCUUCGAAUUGAACGUUGGGUUCUGAGACUUCAGUCAUUCAACUACGAAGUUGUGUACCGCAAAGGCAAAUCGAAUAUUGCCGAUCCAUUGUCACGCCUUUCGCAAUCAUCAGAAGCGGUAUCAUUUGACCCAGAUUCCGAGGUCUACGUUCGUAGUGUCCUAGAACUGGCUGCUAUCGACCUGAAUGAACUUGAAACAGCAUCUUCCAACGACCCAGAGCUAACUCAAUUGCGAGAGUGUUUGGAUCGUGGGGUGUGGAAUCAUACAUCUGAGGCAAUCAAGCCAUAUCACGCCUUUCGGAACGAGCUUGGAAAAGUAGGAGACCUCGUAGUCAGAGGAUCAAGAUUAGUGAUUCCACGAGACUUGAGGCAACGCAUAUUGCAAUUGGGACAUGAGGGUCACCCAGGUCGUACUAAGAUGCAGCAGCGUCUGAGGCAUACCUGUUGGUGGCCAGGAAUGGACGAGGCUAUAAUUCGCACAGUAGAUUCGUGCACAGGUUGCCAGCUGGUAAGCCUGCCAAAUCGCCCUGAGCCUAUGGAACGGAGGAAGUUGCCGGUUACGCCGUGGACGGAUAUUGCCAUUGAUUUUAUGGGUCCGUUACCUUCGGGAGACUACUUAUUAGUUAUCGUGGAUUAUUUUAGCCGUUAUAAAGAAAUCGAAGUUCUUCGGAAGAUAACGGCAAAUGAAACGGCUGAGCGCCUGGAACGCAUUUUUGUUCGGCUUGGGUAUCCUCAAACUAUCACCCUGGAUAACGGUCGCCAGUUCGUUAGCGAUGAGUUUGAUACAUAUUGUAAGCGUAAAGGUAUACACCUUAACAAGACCACCCCGUAUUGGCCUCAAGAGAACGGUUUGGUUGAGCGCCAAAACCGGUCACUUAUCAAAAGGCUCAAGAUCAGCCAGGCUCUGAAGCGCGAUUGGAAGCAUGAUAUGCUUACUUACCUAUUGAUGUACUACUCAACACCUCAUAGUACCACCGGAAAGACCCCAAGCGAGCUAAUGUACGGGCGAAACAUUCGGACAAAAAUACCUACCUUGCAAGACGUGAGCACUGCUGUACCGCUUACUGACUAUAGAGAUCAAGAUCAAGUUGCGAAGGAGAAGGGGAAGGAGAGAGAAAAUGAACGACGUAGGGCGAAACCGUCGAACAUUAAAGUCGGAGAUAAGGUGUUUGUAAAGAAUGUUCUUCACGGUAAUAAGCUGACUCCAACGUUCAAUCCUGCCAUUAUGACAGUGGAGGCUAAGCAGGGCCCUAGAGUAACAGUCCGCAAUCAGGAAACAGGAAAAGUUUACGAUAGAAAUUCUAGCCACCUGAAAAAAGUAGUUCUUCCAGAAGUUCUCGUUUCUAAUAGAAGAUCCGGGCAGGCUACAACAGAGCCUUCGAUUCCGGAUAAUGUCGAGCAGUCUGAUGAUUUACCGAUUGAUGGACCGCAGAAGCCAGAGGAGACAGCUAACGCUGAAGCAGCUGCUGUCAUGCAGCAGUCAGGAUCCGAAGACGAUUCUGCCAAUCGUGGUAGAUCUCAACGCACUAUCAGGUUGCCGAGGCGUUACAAUGAAUGUUUUAUGAAAUAUUAAUUGUUAUAAAAAAAGGGAGAUGUGGUAAUGGGUCUGUAAUAUAUCUAUGGUCCGUAUGUGUACGAACAGGAGAGCGGAGGGAGAAUAAAUAUAUAUACACGAGAUUGUAGAAUCGACUACACCGGUGUUUAUUUGAUCGUGUAAUUUUCACAUUUUCU